GUGGCCCCUGCUUGGUGGAAUAAACUCAUUUAGGACAGCUAUUUCAGUUCCCUCACAGCUUGAAGCAGAGCAGCCAUGACGACCUAUUGCUCCGCUGCUUUGUUCUUGUUCUUGAUCGCUUUUUUUAGACGGUCAUCUACGGAGGACAGCAUUGUGAAUGUGAAAUAUUCACGAGAGCCAGUAAGAGGAAUGGAGGGACAGUUUUUGACUAUGAAAUGCACAGUGGAGUACAGUGAAGUGCAGUGUGAAGGCCUUAAGGCCUGGUGGUGCUUGCCAGGAGAGCAGUGUAGGCCACUCACUACUCCUGACAGAUACCUGAUCCACAUUAAUGAGACUAAAAUGGAGAAACCUGGAUUCAGACAACGAGAUGUAUUUAUUCAGUUUAAGAAUCUGUCUCACAGUGACACUGCACUGUAUCAGUGUACUGCAGUAUGCCGACAUCCUGGAACUUCAGCCAUGGGACGUCUCCUCAACCUCACUGUAACAGAAAAUCCUAAUAAAAAUCAUGUGAAUGGUCAGAAUCGGAGUGACCGUUGCAGUGUGGAUAUGAUUCUUCUGGUAGUCAGCUUCACUCUUUCAUGGAUCCCUGCAAUGUGACUUUAAACACUUCAGAUGUCUAGUUCCUGUGCUGCAAACUUAUCAAGUGAGCCAUUUCUGAGCACACCAGAGACGCCAUUAUAUUCUGGGCACCAAUGUAAAAACCCAAAAUGAAAUGAUUCAAUAGACAUUAAGUUAUUAAAUAGACUUUUCAUGUAUUAUGAAGAUAUCAUUGUAUGUGCUACUUUCUCAAUAUAUGCAGUAACUUAAUAAACUUAUUUUGAGAUACUAA